AAGACAUUUACGCUUCUAAUUAGGAACAACAUCUACAAUCUUGCACUACAUUAUGCGAUUUACUUAUGUACGUGCCCUUUUACGGAGAUCACGUUGAUCAUACGGCCGAAAUAUUACAGUUGCCAUGCUAUCAGAGCGACGACAACGCCGACGUCGAAGGCCGGCCUUAUCUUGCCUCGAGUGCCGGCGCCGCAAGAUCAAGUGUAACCGGAACGAGCCAUGUGCACAUUGUAUCUCUGCCAAGUUAAAAUGCAUCUAUAGGGUCUAUAGCGAUGAACCUGUUAGCCAACUACCGCUGAGGCCCGGUAUCUCGCCGGCAGGGACGUCAAGCCCGUCAAGCCCGUCAAGCCAUGUACCUUCACCCUCAGUAACCCAGACUCAGGAGCUUGGCACCAAUAGGCCAAUUACGGAACAUGAUACCAACCGCUCCGGUCCUCAGGUAACACCAUUACCGGCAGGAACUGCAACAAGAUCGUCGUCCAUAAGAGGACAGAACGAUAGACCAGGGACGAUUGUUCUCGGCCUUGACCCUAGCAACCUUCAACCACAUAUAUCCGCCCCGGAAGCUGAACCAGGUCUCGUAGGUAUCCUUCAACGGGGACAGAACACUCCUGCCAAGUCUUCGGUAUCUAGUCCCAUGAAUGGGCUAUCUGAAAAUGGCCGGGAUAUACUUGCGCGCCAGCUAGGACUGCAGGACUCCCAAAUAAUUUUUAAUAAAACAAGAAUCUUAGGCUGGAGUCUUAGGAUAGGUACAGCCACGGAGUUUGCACCUCUAAUUGCCUGCUAUGUUGCAGCUGCCAACACUGCCAAGGGGACCUUGCCUCAAGACACUGAAAAGGGGGCCCUCUAUGCCCAGAUAUGGACUCUUCUCCAGAAAUGUAAAAACAUAGCAAGAAGUAUCAAGCUGGGAAGGCCUAGCAGAUGGCUCUCAUACCCCGAUUUUGAUCUUGUACCUCCCGAGAGGGAGGUAGCGGAUGCUAUGGCAACUUCAUAUUUCCAAUCAUUCGAAUCGACGUAUAGAAUAAUACAUGCCCCUACUUUUUGGUCCGAAUAUCGGAGACUUUGGGACUGUCCAGAAAGCGUCACGACCAGCUUACGCCUUAAGACCCUCCUUGUAAUUGGGAUAGGGUCGAGCCUAUCUAACCAUAUAGACAGUGAUCCCGGGUUCCGUAAUAUAGUUCCCCAAUGGGUAUAUGCCGCCCAGACAUGGCUCUCCGGGCCACUAGAAAAAGAUCGUUUGGAUAUUACUGGAAUCCAAAUUUACUGCUUAACUAUUCUAGCACGACAGAUAUUUUCAAUUGGCGGCGAUCUGGUCUGGGUGUCAUCGGGAUCACUUAUGCAUAUGGCAAUGCAAAUAGGCUUACACCGCGACCCCAAGCAUCUCCCAGGAAUGCCCAUCCUACAAGCCGAACUCCGCAGGAGACUAUGGGCCACCAUACUUGAGAUAGCUGUACAAUCAUCUUUAGACUCUGCAAUGCCUCCUAGAAUCUCUUUUGAUGACUUUGACACCGAAGCGCCGUCAAAUAGCAACGAUGAUGAGAUAGAUGAGACGACUACGACACUCCAGUCACACCCAAGGAACAUCUAUACCUCAACAUCACUACAACUUAUCUUACUUGACUUAGUACCAAUACGUCUUCGAAUUCUACAGCUUCUAAACGGCUUGCAUUCCGAACUUGCUUACAUGGAUGCUCUUGCUUUAAGCUCAGAGCUUACCGACAAAUAUCGCUCGUAUAGUAGCUUCAUGAGAGAUAAUGAGAGGGCAGGUGUGACAUCAUUCCAUCGAAAUCUACUUGACCACCUGGUGCGGAGAUUCUUAAUCCCCCUUCAUUGCCCAUUCGCCGGUGAGGCGCGAGCGAAUCCCCUAUUUUACUACUCGCUCAAGGUUACGCUAGACUCAGCUAUGACCCUUAUUUCCCCUGAGCCCGACGAGGGGUUUUCUCGUCUUAUGGCUAUUGGUGGGGGUAUGUUUAGAGAGGGAUUCAGGUACGCAAUGACUGUCAUUACUCGCGAGCUUGUCUCCCAAGUUGAGGCACGACGUACCGACGGGAUACACCGACGUAAUUCUCAGGAUGUUGAAAAUCUGAAGAAAGCCGUAAAAGAUAUGAUCUUGUUAUCAUUAGAACGGGUUCGGCAAGGCGAGACCAACGUUAAGGGGCCCAUGUUCCUCAGCAUGAUCAUGGCUCAGGUGGAAGCCACAGAGGAAGGAGUUCCGUGCGACCUCAGGAUUGCACAGAGUGGAAAAGACAGUCUUGAACUAUGCGUUAGUUUGCUGGAGGAACAAGCGGGUAGCACUCCUUCGCCGCGUCCUAGUAAUGUUGGCUUGACGCCAAACAGUCUGGACGGUGGGUAUGGGAUGGAUUUCGAUUUCGAUUUGGAGUUUCUGAUGACUGAUUCGGGCUUUGCUUGAUACUUUGACUUACCUACAUGUAUAUCGUAUAACUACCUUUUUGUAGCAUCGUUAUGCCAUGGCGUACUUGCCUCUCUAACACGCCUCUAGCCUUUCUUGAAUUUAGCCCGUUCAGAUUCCUUCUUCCCUUCUUCCGUAUGCGAUUGAGUAAGAAGAGGCCUAUGUAGUAACAUGCUUGUACUUUAUAUAAACUAAUAUUGGCUUAUAAUAGUGUCCACAUGUAAAAUCAAGGAAGAAACGAGCCCAAUAACGACUCAUGCUGUGUCAGUGUACACAGUAGGAAACACGAGGCACGAGGGAGAAUAAAUUCCGACGCUGGGUUGGUACGAAUGCGAC